UCAUCUGUUCACUGCUCCCUCUUCCUUUUUUCUAGUCUGCAAAUCCCAGUAUGGACAUUAGAUAUUGGCUUCGCUGCAACAUGGGAACGUUGUACGUGGGCCUUGUUAUCUACUAUUAUUAUUUGUGUUUGUGCAUUUGGGGGUGCCAAGUUCAAGGGUGUAUGGAGGAGGAAAGAUUAGCUCUCUUACAGUUCAAAGAUUCACUCAACCACAACAAUCAUGCAAAUAAUUGGGUUGGAGACAAUUGCUGUGAAUGGAAAGGGGUGGAGUGUGAUGACUCAUCUUCUUCAACAUCCCGAGUGGUUGGAAUUGAUAUUUCUGAUGAACUAGGAGAUGCAGGAGUAGAAAAAUGGUACCCAAAUGCUACCAUUUUUACUCACUUACAACACUUGCAAUCCCUAAAUUUGGCUGACAACAACAUUGGAGGUUGGAUCAUGCCACAAGCAUUAUGUGAAUUGCACAAUCUCAAGUAUCUAGAUGUGAGUGGGAACAAUCUUAGCAACUAUGGACUCCCUGGGUGCCUAGGACGUGCUCUUCCCUACUUGGCUCGGAAUCAACGCAAUAUCUCCUCUUCGCUAUUAACAGCAUUCUGUGGAGCGAAAAACCUGUCACUUUAUCUAAGUGUAGAUGAUCUAACUGAUGAAAGCUUACCCCCUUGCCUUUUGGACAUGAAUGGCUCUUCUACAAUAUUUGGGAUUAAAGAUCUCCACUUCAAGGGUGAUACUCUGCAGGAACGGGAUUUGGGAACUACGGAACUUGACAGAGCUGCAUCUUUAUGAAAAUCAUUUGGAUGGAGUUUUCUCCUUCCACAAUCUUACUAAUCUUUCUAAACUAAAAACUAUUGACCUUGCAAACAAUGUCCUACUGGAGAUUGAGACUGAGCUACCAAAUUGGGUUCCAUCCUUCCAAUUGAGAAAUUUAAAUCUAGAAAACUGCAAAACCAUCAAUAAAGGCAGCCGCUAUAUCAUUCCCAUCAUUCCUUUCCAACUGUUGUACAAUAACACUCGACUUGAUUUAUUGUCAUUGAGUGAUAACUUUCUAAGUGGCCACUUUCCCAUGCCUCUUCAAAAUGAAACGUCAAACCUUUCUAUUCUUGACAUUUCAAACAACCAAAUUCAAGGACACCUUCCUUCAAACAUUAAAGGUCUCUUUCCACAGUUGGAAUUCCUUAGCGUGUCCAUGAACCGACUUGGAGGAAGCAUUCCUCCCUCAUUUGGCAACUUGGUGGAAACACUAGACUUGUCUCACAAUGCCUUCAUAGGUGUGGUACCCAAAGGACUAACCCAAAAUAACACUAAUUAGCAAGAGUUGAUCUUGUCAGGAAACAAGUUGCGUGCUUUUCCAAAAUUUUUCGGUAUGACCAAACUAACUAAUUUACAACUUGAUGGCAAUAUGUUCACAGAGUCCAUUUUCUUCAAUGCCUCCACUAGUGUUCCAUCUUUACAAGUACUAGACUUAAGUAGGAAUCAGUUGUCAGGUUAUUUUUCAAAUUGGCUGCCCAUACUCCCUAACUCGGGUUCUCUUCUGUUGAGAGGAAAUGAUCUUAUAGGUCCCAUUCCAGUGUCACUGUGCCAAAUGCAACAAUUACAUACCUUGGAUCUUUCACAUAACCAUCUCUCUGGGAGCAUACCUUCUUGUCUCCACAAUAUUACCUCAUGGAAGACAGUGGUUCCAUUUUAUGUAGGGUCAGAUGGUGAGUAUGGAAAAGUUAUAUCUGGCGAUUACAAAAUUACUUUUUUCACAAAGCACAACACAUACGUCUACCAAGGUGAACCUCGCAUCUACAUGACUGGAAUGGACCUGUCAGUAAACAGACUAUCGGGCAGUAUUCCAACUGAAAUAGGAGAUUUGAUAGCACUUCACUCAUUAAAUCUGUCCAAUAAUCUUCUAACAGGCCAUAUUCCCACUUCCUUUCAAAAGCUUCAACAGUUGGAGAGCUUGGAUCUUUCUCAUAACAGCUUAGUAGGAAAUAUCCCUCCUCAAAUAAUUCAACUCCAUUCCUUAUCUACCUUCAGUGUUGCCUUCAAUCAUCUGUCAGGCAAGAUCCCAUAUACAGAUAACUUUCAAACUUUCACUGAAAGUAGUUAUAUUGGAAACUCAGAGCUUUGUGGGCCACCAUUGCUAGUCAAUUGUUCAUUGCCAUCCAUCCUUUCACCACAAGACAACAAUAGCAAUAUUGGAGAAA